GUCAAUACUAGUAGUUGUCCGCCUAAAGGUAGAUCUGGGAAAGAAAUGGUUGCGACCCAUUUUCGUUCCCCGGUCAGCCUGGUAUCUACAAUAGUAAAAUAGUGGGGGUUAGGCCGUGUAGUUUUUAUUUUUAUUUUUAUUAUGAUUAUCGUUAUUAUCAUUAUCUAUGCAUUUGUUUCCAUAGUACCUUACUUCUUAGUAGUAGAUAGAUCGGGUACUCGGGCGUUCAAGAGAUCCAAUUGUGCGGGGUUCAUAUAUUUCCUUUUCCUGUUCCAUUACUUUUUCCUUUCGUUUAUUUUUAUUUAUUUAUUUAUUGUUAUUUUGUAUUACAUGUUUCCUUACCUUUUAUGUCCAGUGCAACAUCGCCAUGAUUCAUUUGAUAUGUCACUAUAUUUAGUCGCAAUAAUUGAGGGCUCUCGCAACCCUAUCGAGUCUUCAUCGUAGUAA